AUGGAUCAGUUAAGAUGGGUGACUCUAGGAUAUCAUUAUAACUGGGACACAAAGGUAAGUCUAAGUAUUAUUAACAGCACUGCCAAUGCAGUUAUGACCAACCGAGUUCACUCGUUCCUCUACUUUCUUAGAAAUAUUGCCAGGAAAAUUUUACUGCAUUUCCUUGUGAUCUUGGUGAGUUGUCCAAAUGUAUCGCACGAGCUAUGGGUUAUCCCAGGUAAGAAUAAACAAAAUUCUGAGAUUGAGUCAAGAAUUCGCGUGUGUUACAAAGCAAAAAGUUAUUGACUAAAUAUCGUGGUUUAUGUAUAUAGUUUUAUACCAGAGGCAGCCAUCAUCAAUUACUAUCACAUGGACUCAACCCUCUCUGGACACACUGAUCAUUCAGAGCUGGACCUCACUGCUCCACUCUUCUCAAUUAGGUAACUGAACUUUUAUUUUCUUUUUAUAACGACCACAAUGGAUUUGUUACCUUACAUAACGCAUAUGCCUAGUUACAACUGUUUUGAUAAGGGCCAGGUCAUUAUUUAUAGCGGGGGUGGUACCCAAAAGAAAUGUUUUUCUUGGAAAAAAUGUUGCUGAUUCAAACAUUAAAAAGUCAAAAAAAUAUUUUACCCAACCUCAAAUAUCAUUUAAAAAAUAAAUACCCCUGGCCAAAAACUUUACAAAAGGAUACCAUUCAGUUUGUCACACAUGUCCCUUACCACUUCUGUGACACGAGUUUGAUAACUGCUUGUGUAAUUUUCUGCAGUCUAAAGUUUCAUGUUGUCUGCACAUGUACUUUCUUUGACUUUGGAAACACCAUUUGCCUCCUGACAAAUCGGAAAAUGAUCAAGAUAAUGACUCUGAUUGAUUUACAUAUUGUAUUGACAUAUGACUGUUGACAUUGCUUUUUAGUCUUCAAUAUUUGAGUGAGUCAUGCUUUGGAAAUUACAAUACAUUUUUAUUACCCAACCCUUGAGUUGUUUUGUUUUUCAUUUACCCAACCUUUUACUCACUCAAAAUUUUGUUUAUCCAACCCUUUUCUCUUCGGUGCCACCCCCCCGCCACAAAUAAUGACCAGUUCUUAACGGACAAAUGUUAUAUUUGACAUACUGUUAUAUGUAAAUUGUUAUAUUUUCAAAUAUUUUAGUUUUGGUCAGACAUGUAUAUUUCUGCUUGGUGGUCAGACGUUGGAUGAGCCGCCCUGUGCGAUGUAUUUACGCAGUGGUGAUAUUAUCAUGAUGUCACGUGACGCCAGGUUAGCCUAUCACGCUGUACCCAGGAUAUUACGUCACCAAGAACUUGCUACAUUACUAACACACGACAGUGAACGAGAUAUAUCAUCUGAACGAAGACGAAGUUUACAGUGUCUUGAGAAAUAUCUUAGUAAUUCUAGAAUUAAUGUAAAUAUCAGACAGGUCGAAGGCCCGUCAGGAAGCUUUGCUAGUCAAGUCAAGUAG